UCCCCACAAGACCCCCUCCCCUCAAUCUCUCUUCGUCAAUUCUGUUUGCAAAAAAUCUUCAAUAGAAUACAGAUCGAAUCCUCAACAGAUAAAAUCGCCAUUAGAAAACUUCCAACAAUAAUCAUCACGUUUCCAUCUCAGUCGCUUUCUUCUAACAGAUUCCCAACUCUCCAUUUCCUCCCUCCCUUUAUGUAAAUCCGACUAACCAAUUGUACGGGCUUCGCAGUAGCCGGCAACCUGCAAUCAACGACAAAUAAAAAUCCAAUCUUUUUCUUCCCAAUGGAUUGCCUCGCCGAUUGGCCCGAACCAAUCGUUCGCGUCCAAUCCCUUUCCGAUAGCGGCGACACCAUCGUACCUUCCAGGUACAUAAAGCCACCGGCUGAUCGCCCCUGCUUCGAAUCGCUUCCAUGUGAGGUGAAUAUCCCAGUCGUCGAUCUUGGCGAUCCAGACGCCGCUUCAACGGUCUCCAAAGCCUGUAGAGAUUGGGGUUUCUUUCAAGCUGUGAAUCAUGGCGUUUGCCGGGAACUUAUGAACUCGGCAAGGGAAGUAUGGCGAGAGUUCUUCCACCUUCCCAUGGAGACGAAGCAGGCUUAUUCAAAUUCUCCAAAGACGUAUGAAGGCUAUGGUAGCCGGUUAGGGAUUGAGAAAGGCGCCAUUCUCGACUGGGGAGAUUACUACUACCUCCAUUUCUCCCCACCGUGUCUCAAGAGUCAGGCGAAAUGGCCCGCCCUCCCUGUUUUUUUAAGGGAGACGGUGGAGGAGUACGGGAAGCAGUUGACGAAGAUGAGCGAGAGAGUUAUGGAACUUCUGUCUCUGGGAUUAGGGUUGGAUCGAGGGAGGCUGCAGAGAGGAUUUGGGGGAGAAGAGGUGGGGGUUUGCAUGAGAGUGAAUUAUUAUCCUACAUGCCCUCAGCCGGAUUUGACGCUAGGACUUUCUUCUCAUUCGGAUCCCGGCGGGAUCACCGUGCUUUUGCCGGAUGAUAAGGUGAAAGGGUUGCAGAUAAGGCACGGCGGCGGUUGGGUUACCGUUCAGCCACUUUCCGACUCUUUCAUUGUUAACGUCGGCGAUCAAAUUCAGGUUUUGAGUAAUGCGAUAUAUCGAAGUGUUGAGCAUCGGGUGGUGGUUAACUCUGCUACAGAGCGAUUAUCGAUGGCCUUCUUCUACAACCCACGCAGUGAUUUGCUUUUAGGGCCGAUGCCGGAACUAGUGAGCCAAGAUCGACCUGCCAUGUAUCAGCCAAUGACCUUUGAUCAGUAUCGACUUUAUAUCCGAAAGCAAGGGCCACGUGGCAAAUCUCAUGUUGAGUCUCUUAAGGCAAUCUAAUUUUGCUCUCCAUAUUUGAAGAAAUUAUUAGACACAAAUUUGUUAGGUAUGAUAUAUGUAUAUAGAAAAUCAUAAGUGGACACAUACCACUACUCACGUCAUGUGCUUAUUUAUGAUUUGCUAGUUGCAGAUCAUUUCCUUUUCAUAUAUGGGUAGUUAGAUACAUAAUUUGGAACUAACAAUUGUGUACCUUACAAUUUCUUUUAUUUUAAGGUAACCUUUGUCUAA